AUGGGGAUCAGUGGACGAUGCAGGGUCGCGUAGGAGGUCCCAACACUUUCAUCGUUCUACACUUGACACCACCUUAGCUCAAUAUGAUUUUUUCUCGCAGUUGUUGGAACACGUCAUUUUCUGGCUGCCUUGCCGAGAAGGCAGUGCCCAUAGAUCCAUCGGGCCCGACGGGCACGGGAUUCCGCACCCGCUCCAACGAUCCCGAUGAGGCAUCGUCAUGCGGCGCGCGCCUUCAGCUAUAAAAGCAUGCUGAGCUCCAGGAGACUGUGAUGAUAUUUCUCACAUUAAUCUCAGAUAACAAUCACUCUUCUCUCCCUCUCCAACCCAUUUUAUAAACACAUAUCACGACCAUGCCCGCCAUAACCACCACCGUUGAAAUCGCCGCUCCCCCCUCCACAGUCCGAGCAAAGUUCCUCGACUUCGCCUCCAUCCCCAGCUACACCCCUACCGGCUUCAUCCGAUCCAUCGUCCCCGCGGACAACAAACCUCCCACGACCCUUCAACCGGGCGAUAAGCUCACCUGCAUCGUCGGCUACGGCAAAAUGACCUUCACCCCGGUUGUUCGCCAGAACACCCCUUCAUUAUUUAGUUGGAUCGGCUCCCUCCCGGGCGUCUUCACGGGAGAGCACCGGUUCGUGUUCGAGGAGAUACCUAAUCAGCCCGGUCGGACGAGAUUAGUCCAUGAAGAACGGUUUAGUGGCAUGUUGGGGUUUCUGAUGGGCGGGAAUUUGAUGGCCAACGCGGCGGGGUGGAAUGAGAAUACUAGAUCCGGGUUUGAGUCGUUUAAUCGGGAUUUUAAGCUUUGGGUGGAGGGGAAGUGAUACCAGAUGGGUAGUGG